GGCCUUGAAUUUGGACCAAGAGAAGAGAAGCGGUGGAUAAAAUAAUAAAGUGAAGAAGAAGAAGAAGUGGCUUGUUUAAGGAAUGGCUUCUCUGCUCCUCCCUCCAACUCCAACAGCUACUUCUUCCACAGUUAAACACAACAAAAUCAAAAUGAAACUGAAACCAAACAGCAAUGCUCAUGCAGCUACAUGUAAUUUCUUCUUAUCAUCGAAUUCAAACGCAAACCACCGUUUCAACUCUGCAAAGUGCCAUGCAUUGUUGGAUGACGUGGCCAAAGGGUUGUUGGAGAGCAGCAGCAGCGUUGGCGUGGACCAGUUCCAGAGACUGACCGAAGGCUUAUCCCACAUGCAGAGGUGGGAGAUCCUCGUGUUUGGAGGCUUGACGUGGAUUUACCUGACUGCAAGACCAGGUGUUCUUGUUGGUGCCAUUGAUGCGUACCUUUUGGCACCUCUUCAACUGGGUUUGGACAACUUGUCUGGAAGGAGGAACUUGAAGAGGAGUGACUUUGUUGUUGGAGACAAGCUCGGUGAAGGGUCCUUUGGUGUUGUCUAUUCGGGUAUUUUGGUCCCAAAGAAUGUGGAUCUGGAUGUGGUGCAGAAGAGGGGGAGAGGCAAGACAACACAGGUGGAUGCCAAGUCUAAGGAUAAAGUCAUUCUUAAAAAGGUUAAGGUUGGAAUCCAAGGGGCUGAGGAGUUUGGUGAUUAUGAGGAGUGGUUCAAUUACAGGCUAUCUAGGGCAGCACCCGAAACAUGUGCUGACUUCCUUGGAACUUUUGUAGCUGAUCAAACUAAUUCACAGUUUACAAAAGGUGGAAAAUGGCUUGUUUGGAAGUUUGAGGGAGAUCGUACUCUUGCAGAUUACAUGAAAGAUCGCAACUUUCCUUCAAACUUGGAAUCUGUGAUGUUUGGACGUGUCUUGCAAGGAGUAGACUCUUCGAAACGAAAUGCAUUGAUCAUCAAACAAAUAAUGCGCCAGAUCAUUACAUCUCUUAGGAAAAUUCACGAUACAGGCAUUGUUCAUAGGGAUGUAAAGCCAGCCAACUUAGUGGUUACUAAACGAGGGCAGAUUAAACUCAUUGAUUUUGGUGCAGCAACAGACCUGCGGAUUGGAAAGAAUUACGUUCCCAAUCGUACCCUUUUGGAUCCUGACUACUGCCCCCCAGAAUUAUAUGUACUCCCUGAAGAAACACCAAGUCCACCACCAGAGCCAAUUGCUGCUUUCCUUUCACCAAUCCUGUGGCAGUUAAACAGCCCUGAUUUGUUUGAUAUGUAUUCAGCUGGGAUUGUACUCCUGCAAAUGGCAAUACCAAGCUUAAGGUCUCCUGCUGCUUUGAAGAAUUUCAACUUGGAACUGAAAACCUGUGGAUAUGAUUUGAAAAAAUGGAGGGACUAUACUCGCCUCCGGCCUGACUUCCAAAUUCUAGAUAGUGAAUCUGGUAGAGGGUGGGACUUAGCAACAAAGCUUGUAUCUGAGAGAGGUUCCCUAAGAAGAGGACGUUUAUCUGCCGCUGCUGCUCUGCGACAUCCUUAUUUUCUUCUGGGUGGUGAUCAAGCAGCUGCAGUCCUUUCAAAAUUAAGCUUGAACAGAAAGUGAGCUGCUAAGCAAAGAGGAGCACAGUUGAAUUCAAAGGUGUCCCACACCAAGCCUGCCUAGUUUGUGAAUUGACAACCAUCAAUUAUAAGAUUUUGUUCCAUUUUUUUUUUUGUUUUUGGGUUUUCCUCCCCAAGUUUAAAUUGGGGAGAUUUUCUACUCAAUUUCAGGCAAGGAAUAAGCCUGAGGACAUCAAAGCUUACAGAAGGAAAAAUUUUCCCUGCAGUAUACAUUUACAUCUUUUGUGUAACCUAUAUGACAACAAUCUCAAGCAGGAGCACAAUGUGGUUUUAAGAGCUUAAUCAGUUGUCUCCUAUGGUUUCUUUCUACAAGAGGUGAAUGCUUGACGAUUGGUGGGACCUCACUUGUAAUACCUAAGCUUAAGUUCUAUGCCUUGAAACAGGACAUACAGCUAAGUAGAGCUGCAUGCUAUGACACUUAUUAGACGAAACUUACAUACUUACAUCCAAGAUGAGAUUAUAUAUUCAGUUCCAUAUAGCUCUGUCAUUUGAA